UGCAAAGUAAAGUGUAGAUCACCUUAUUUCCGUCAUUACAGGCAACUGGACGUGUUACAAAUUCAGGCACUAAUUCUUGGACAUCAGCUAUCAUCAACUGAGCAGAAGAUGGAAAAUUUCUGUAAGCAGGAGGCAGAUGAGACACGGCUAGGAAAGGAUGCUGCCCUGAUGAAACCUGAAAAUGAUGGACAUGUUUUCAAGUUCUAUUAUGAACCAAAAACAUAUGUAUUAACCUGUAAGACAUCUAUGACUGUACUGGAGGCUCUUUUAAAAAACUCAUCUUUUAAACAGUUUUAUGAUAAAAAUGAGCAGAAGUAUGUGGUGAUCCGUAGAGAGGAAACACCCAGAGGAGCUGUGACCUCAGACUUCCCCUGCUGUCUGAUUAAUGAGAAUGAGGUUCUGGACAUAACCUUCAUUAAAACAGACAAAAACAGCAGUACAACAAACCAAACCACUAUCACCCAGUCACUUAUGAGUAACCCUCACAACUUUGUUACCUUUAACAUCAAAACAAAAGGUGGCAAAGGUAUAAAAAAACUGAUGAAAAUCAAGGAACUGAAAAGGCAAGAGGUAGAAUAUGUUUGUGUAUAUGCCAUCAAAGGAGAAAAGCUGAGCAAAGCUCUUAAGCGUGAUGGGAGGUUUGUCAUAUAUAAUAAGCGCUGUGCUCUCUCUGACCAGGACAAUAAGGACAUCACCAACAUGUCAAACACUGUCGACCAUCUGCAUGGAAAACAUUUCCAGGUUAUUGUUCUAGACAACCAGCCACCUAGUCAGAAUUCUAGUCAAGAGAUUGACCCAGUGAAGAAUGAACCUUGUGACGUGUCUGAAAAUCCUAAUAGUACUCAGUCAGAAAAUGUAGGUGCUGUUAGCACUCAAGAGCAGAUUCGUCCGCUGAAAGAGGAGAGAUCAAACGUAACCCAAAUCCAAGUUCAGAAAAUCCCAGGCACAGAAGAGAUCCUGAAUCUUCUGCGAGAUCAGUUCAAAGGUUUGUUGGAGAAGCUGAAAGAGCGAGAGGGGCUCAGAAAUCCUGCUGAGGUGCAGAGGUUCUACAGACAGGAGUACGACAAAAGCGCCCAGAGUUUCACUGAGAUAAAGAGAGUAAAACAGUUAAUGAAACUGUCUGACUCUGUCUGCAAGAUCAAGGUGGAAGGAUCUGAAAGAGGAACUGGAUUUCUGCUGUUUGACAGGUUCAUCCUCACUAAUGCACAUGUUGUUGGGUUCAUUAACCCAAUGACUCAAAAGCUGGCAAACAGCAUAACUGCUGUAUUUGAGGAUUUGGACACAGAGGAGAGAAUGGACACAGAGGAGAGAAUGGACACAGAGGAGAGAACACCAGUGGAGAAGAGAAUACCAGAGAAGAAGAGAAUACCAGAGAAGAGAAUACCAGUGGAACUACCAGUGAAUAAGACCCUAGUUUCCUACUAUUAUGGGAAGAAUGACAUGGGGCUGCAUCUGGACUUUGCACUGCUGGAACUGAGCAGUGAAGCAAAACUUCCUGAUUGUCCUGAGUUGCUUAGCAGUUAUAGUGCCACUCCCUCUAGGGGUGGGAUCUGCAUAGUUGGACACCCUGGAUGCGGAAUUAAGAGAAUGGACCCCUGUUUCAUAAUUCCAAAAGAGGAUGUUCAUUCUUCUGCAGACAGACAUGUUGCUGAGAACAAAGACUGCAUUCAUGUCAUAACACAGCAGUGUCUUAAAGAGAAGUUGAAAGUUCAAGCUUCCCAGAUCAGUUAUGAUUCCUGUUUCUUCCAUGGAUCAUCUGGCUCUCCAGUCUUUGAUGAGUUCUGCCAUCUGAUUGGUGUUCACACUGGUGGCUAUGUUUACGAAGGAGCAGGAGGGAAGAUGAGGAGUAUGAUGGAGUAUGCCUUCCCCAUGCUGCCCAUUCUGGUGUGUAUCAUCACACAGUGCAGGCAGUCAGGAAGAUCUGAUGUUAUUCAACACUUUGAGUCUCAGAAAAACACGAAAUAUGUGCUUUGUUUGGCAAAUAAACAGAAUCAAGUCAUUUAGUCAGACAGUAAUGAGGCUUGUUAAUCGGCAGUUUACCAUAUGUUGUAGUACCUUCUCUCCGAUUACAAUUUCUUACUACAGGAAGGUCCCAUGAAAGGCAACAAGAAUCAACUCUCUUUCACUUGCUGACAGUUCUGAGUUCCCUUUGAGUCUGAGAAUAACAUGAAAUAUGUGCUUCAUGUGGUGAAUAAACAGAAUCAGGUCAGUUAGUCAGACAGUAAUGAGGUUUGUUAAUCGGCAGUUUUUCAGCCAGUAAUGAGGUCAGUUAAUCAGGCAUAAGGAGGUCCAUUAAUCAGGUCGGUUAAUCACUGAUGACCAGUAAAUGAUGUCAAACACCUUUCAACACACUCCACAUCAUUUUAGUGUUUCCAGUCUGACAAGAACUAAAUCUUUUUUUUCUGAUUGAUGGUCUCUGCUUUCUUGACGUCUUUAUCCAUUUUACCUACCAAUCUAUAUAUUUGAUUUAUUUCUACGUCAUCAUUCUACAGCAGCAUCUCCCAACCGCUGCACUCAGCACUCUUAACAACUGAUGCACAUGUAAGGUUCCCGAGUAUGACUAUGACUGUGUGUGUGUUGUGAGUGUGGUGGAAAUGUCUUUGUUGUAUUGUGUACAACCAACUGUGCGGGGUGAGCUACUGUAACCAAGAACAAAUUCCUUGUAUGUGUGAGCACACUUGGCCAAUAAAGCCUG